AUGGAAUUUCAAGAUGAUGAUGUUGUAAUUUCGGGAAUAUCUGGAAGAUUCCCAAGCUCAAAUAAUCUAAAAGAGUUUGAAUACAAUCUGUACAAUAAAGUGAAUAUGACUGACGACGAUGAAAGUCGUUGGAAGCAUUUUAGUGAUGAAGUUCCUAAAAGAUUUGGAAAAAUUCGAAAUUUAGAAAAGUUUGAUGCUUCAUUUUUUUCAACUUUGAAUAAGCAUGCUAAUUGGACUGAUCCACAAAUGAGAAUUCUACUGGAACAUGCUUAUGAGUCUAUAUUGGAUGCUGGUGUAUCACCGCAAAGCUUGGUUGGAAGUAAUACAGGAGUUUUUGUUGGAUGUAGUAUGUCAGAUGCAAGAGAUUCUUUCCUGCAUCGGGUUCCACCAAAGGAUGGAUACGUUAUUUCAGGGAGUGGAGGUUUUUACUUGUCAAAUCGAAUAUCAUAUGCUCUUGGGCUAUGUGGACCUUCAUUUACAGUUGAUACUGCAUGUUCAAGUUCAUCUUAUGCUCUUGAUAUCGCAUUUCGAUACAUGGAAGCAGGUAUUUGUGAUUCCGCACUUGUCGGAGGAUCACAGUUAAUUUUGAAUUUUGCAACAACAGUCGAGUAUUCCAGAUUAGGAAUUCUUUCAAAAGAAGGAAUUUCCUGUCCAUUUGAUGAAGAUGCAAGCGGCUUCACUCGUGCAGAAUCAAUCUCUGUAAUAUUCUUGCAAAAAAGGAAAGAUUCAAAACGGAUCUACGCAAAUGUUGUGUAUAGCAGUUCCAAUAAUGAUGGAUUCAAGAAAGAAGGAGCUUCAUUUCCAUCAAAAAUCAUGCAGCAGAAAUUGAUUGAAAGUUUUUAUCAAACCAUCAAAUUUGAUCCUGCAAAUGUCAAUUUUGUUGAAGCACACGCAACUGGCACUAAACUUGGAGAUCCUGAAGAACUUGCUGCUAUUGACGAGGUAUUUGCAAAACGAACUGGAAGAUCAAAAACAUUGACAAUUGGAAGUGUAAAAUCCAAUAUGGGACAUGCCGAAGCAGCUUCAGGAAUGGCAUCAAUGGCAAAAAUUAUUCUUUCAUUUGAAAAUCAGAAGUUUCCACCAAACAUAAACUUGAAAUCACUUCGAUCUGAUGUUGCUGCAUUUUCUGAAGGACGAAUUAAAGUCGCAACAGAAGUUGAGGAUCUUGAUAGUGAAUUUAUUGCAAUGAAUUCGUUUGGUCUUGGAGGUGGAAAUGCACAUUCACUUUUCAGAGGAAAUCCAAAAGUCAAAACAAAUUUUGGUAUUCCUGAUGAUGAGCUUGGUAGAAUGGUGUUGUGGUCAGGCAGAACAGAAGCUGCAAUAAAUGCAAUUUUUGAUGAUAUCACACAACGUCCACUUGAUGCUGAACAUAUUGCACUUCUCCAGAAUUCUCAAACACAAACAACAAGUGCUAAUACUUAUCGUGGAUAUGGAAUGUUCAUUAAUGACAAGAGUGAUGGAAAAGCAGUUUGUGUGAAGCAAAACAUUCAGUAUUUUAAUGGAUCACGACGUCCAGUUGUAUUUGUGUAUAGUGGAAUUGGAAGUCAAUGGCUUGAAAUGGGACGAGAUUUGAUGAAAAUUCCUCUAUUUGCUCAAUCAAUUGAGAAAUGUCAUGACAUACUGAUGAAUAAAGGAAUCAACUUAAAGAACAUCUUAACAUCAGCUGAAGAGGACACAUUCAGUAAUGUCUUGCAUUCAUAUGUUGGAAUUAUUACAAUUGAAAUCGCACUUACUGACAUUCUGAAGGAAUUGAAUAUUGUUCCUGAUUACAUUAUUGGACAUUCAGUUGGUGAACUAGGUUGUGCUUAUGCUGACAAUUGUUUUACUGCUGAAGAGACACUUUUGGCAGCUUAUGCUCGUGGUGUAGCCAGUAGAGAAUCACAAACUAUUCGUGGUGCAAUGGCAGCUGUUGGAAUGAAUCAUCUGAAGCUCAAGGAAAUCGUUCCAAAUGACAUUGACAUUGCAUGUCAUAAUGGUGAAGACUCAAGCACAAUCAGUGGACCCGUCGAAAGCAUUCAUGACUUUAUUGACAAACUUAAGGAAGACAAAGUGUUUGUCAAAGAAGUUGCAUGCUCUGGAGUUCCAUUGCACAGCCGAUACAUCAAAGAAAUGGGCCAAAAUUUACACAACAAAUUAAAGCAAAUAAUUAAGAAACCAAAAAUGCGAUCUGAAAAGUGGUUGAGUUCAACAUAUGCAGAAGAGAUGUGGAAGGAAGAUGAAGCAGCAUUUUGCUCAGCUGAAUAUCAAACAAAGAAUCUCUUGAAUCCAGUUUUGUUUCAAGAAGUCACUGAAAUGUUACCAAAAGAUGCAUUCCUGAUUGAAGUAGCUCCGUCAGGUUUAUUAAGAGCAAUUUUAACUAGGAACGUAAAGAAUGGCGCUUAUAUAAACUUAACUGAAAGAAACUCAAAAGAUGGAUUUAAUCAUUUCAUGGAAGGUCUUGGAAGAAUCUUUGAAUAUGGAGUUGACAUGGACAUAUUGAAAUUAUAUCCAUCAAUAAGUUUUCCCGUUUCUCGAGGAACUCCAAUGAUUGCGCCUGUUAUUAAGUGGAAUCACGAAGAUGAUCAUUUUGUGCCUUAUUUUGACUCAUACAACAUCUUUGAGAGACAAAACAUUGUCAUUAAUAUAAGCGAUAAAAAAUAUGAGUUCCUUCAAGGGCAUAUUGUGGAUAGUCGAAUUAUAUUUCCUGCCACUGGCUGGAUAUUUCUUGUGUGGGAAACAUUUUCAAGUAUGAUCGGAAAGCACUACGAAAAAACUAAAGUAAUUAUUGAAGACAUUAAUUUCUUAAGAGCCACUCCUUUAUUUAAAAAUCAGGAUUUGUUAGUAACAAUUUCAAUUCAUCGUGGAUCUGGAAGAUUUGAAAUAAUUGAAGGAAAUUCUCCGAUUGUUCAAGGUUUUAUCAAAAAUGGUGAUGAUAUAGAAAUGUCAGAAAUUACUCCUCAUUAUGACAACAACAUUUUUAAUGGAGAUGGAUUUUAUAAGGAAAUGCGAUUAUGCGGCUUCAUUCAUUUAGGGCCGUUCAAAGGAGUAACCGAAAUUCAGUUUAACGGCUUGAAAGGAAAAAUGAAAUGGAUGGGAAAUUGGAUAACUUUUUUGGACAUACUCACACACUUUAAUAAUAGAAGAACUCUUUUAUCUCGAGAUAUGGGAGUUCCAGUGAGGAUUAGAAAAUUUAUUAUUGAUCCAAUUUUGCAUUACAAAAUGUUGGAAGAAAAAAUGAAUAAAUCCGGAAAUAACGAAGAUUCAGAUGUUGUUUUUGAUGUAGUUGUUUGUCCAUACCGACAAAUUAUCAAUGCAGGAUCAAUAGAGAUUCACGAAAAAACGAAUAAAGUUUUAAAUCGUAGAAGAACAAAUGCGCCAUCACUUGAGAUCAACGAAUUUGUUCCAUUUUUUAAUAUAGACCGAAUGACUCUGGAUAAUGCAGCAAAAGUUAUUGUUCAAAUGUUUACUGAAAAUUUCUCACAAAUCAAAUUCACCACACUUGAAAUUGAUGACAACAGAUUGGAUGAAAAGCAGCUCCUAGUCGAACAUUUUCAAAAAGCUAUUAAUGAAAUUCCCCAAAUAAUAUCUAACAUGACAUUACUUACAUCAAGAAAUAAUUUUCAUUUAAAAGGAGUAAACAUAAGCUCAGAUGAUUUGUCGUCAUUUAGAGGCGUCGAUCUAUUGAUCAAAAGCAAAUUUAUUGGUGAUGAAAAUGCUUUAGAAGAGAUUAAGUUGAUCAUGAACAAUAAUGGAUAUAUAAUUUCAAGAGAAGAUCAGGAUUACUCUAAUGUCGAAAAUGAAGAUUAUAGAACCGUCGCUAAAAUUUGCACAGCUUUUGAUGAAAUUCUUCACAUAAUCCAGUUCAAAAGUGAUUCAAAUAACAGUUACAAUAUUAUUGAAAUAACCUCAAAUGUGAAUGACUGGAUUGAACCAUUGAAAAAAUCACUCAAAGAAUCUCCAACAAUAUUGUUUGCUUACAAUCAGGAGCCAUCUGGAAUUUUAGGCUUUACUAAAUGUCUCAAACAGGAGUAUCUUAAUAAACUUAAAUGUUUCUUCAUUAUGGAUACUGAGAAUGCUCCUUCAGUCUUUGAUGUCAAGAAUAACUUCUUUGGGGAUCAGUUGAAAUAUAACCACUCAAUGAAUGUCUUCAAAGAUGGAAAAUGGGGAAGUUACAGACAUUUAAACUUGUUGGCAAUUACCAAUUCAUCUCCACAAUCAGAGCACUGUUUUGCGAAUUGUCAGGUCAAAGGUGAUUUAUCAACAUUUGCAUGGAUUCAAGGAUCACUUGAUGUCAAUGAUACAAAUCUAGAUCUGAUAAGAAUUCAAUACUCAUCACUUAAUUUUAAGGAUGUUAUGCUAGCUCUUGGUAGAAUUACUGACAAUCGAGCGAAGACUAUUUUUGAUCAGGAAGCAUGUUUGGGAUUUGAAUUUUCUGGCACAAAACAAAAUGGUGAAAGAGUCAUGGGGAUCGCAUUCGGUGCUGGUGCAUUAGCAACUCAUUAUGAUGCCAACAAUUCAAUUUUAUGGAAAGUUCCUGAUUCUUGGACAUUAGAAGAAGCAGCAACUGUGCCACUUGUAUACUUUACAGUUUAUUUUGCAUUCUUCAACACAACAACAAUUAGAGCUGGAAAGAAAAUCUUAAUUCAUUCUGGAAGUGGUGGAGUUGGACAAGCAGCCAUUGAAGUUGCAUUUGCUUAUGGACUAGAAGUCUACACAACUGUCGGCACUGAAGAUAAGAAGAACUUUUUGAUAAAAAGAUUUCCAAAAUUAAAACCUGAAAACAUUGGAAACUCUAGAAAUACAACUUUUGAGAAAAUGGUUCUCGAAAAUACAGAAGGCAAAGGCGUUGAUUAUGUCCUGAACUCUUUAUCUGGUGACAAAUUAAAAGCAUCGAUUCGUUGUCUUGGAGUUGAUGGAGUAUUUUUAGAAAUCGGAAAAUAUGACAUCCAAAUGAGAAUAAAUCUUGAUAUUGGAUAUUUGAGCAAGCGAAUCACUAUAAAGGCAGUAAUUUUUGAUGAUCUAGCUGUUGAUUCUGAAGAAUUACAGUUUGUAUAUAAUCUUGUUGACAAUGAUUUAAAAACUGGAAUUAUAAAACCAUUAAAUGCAACCGUCUUUGAUGCAAAUAAAAUUGAAGAUGCAUUCCGAUACAUGUCAGGUGGUCAACAUAUAGGAAAGGUUCUUAUCAGAGUCAGAAAAGAAGAAAAUGAUGCAUAUUCACUACCAUUUGCUGCUUUAAAACGAAUUUAUUAUCAUCCAAGUGAAUCAAUUGUGAUCACUGGAGGUCUUGGAGGAUUUGGAAUGGAAUUGGUAGAGUGGUUAAUGUCAAGAGGAUGUCAAAAGUUCGUAUUGAGUUCAAGAAGAGGAAUCACUAAUCCAAAUCAACAUUUGAGAGUGGGGCUAUGGAAAAAGUUAGGACCUAAAGUGGAAAUUUGCACAUCAGAUAUCACAACACAGCAAGGAUGUGAAGAUUUGAUUAAAAAGGCUAUUGAGCUUGGGCCUGUUGGUGCAAUUUUCAACUUAGCUGCAGUUCUCCGAGAUGGACUUUUUGAAGAUUUAAAUGAACAAAUGUUUAAAGAAUCCUUAGCACCAAAAGCUCUCAGCACAACAUUUUUGGAUAAAGUUUCAAGAAUUUUGUGUCCAAAUCUCAAGCAAUUUGUCGUCUUCUCGAGUGUCUCUUGUGGACGUGGAAAUGCUGGCCAAACAAAUUACGGAAUGGCAAAUUCAGUCAUGGAAAGAAUAAUUGAAGACAGACAUUGUGAUGAUCUGCCUGCGAAAGCUAUUCAGUGGGGUGCAAUUGGUGAUGUAGGCAUGCUUGCCGACUUUCACCUUUUGAAUAUUGAAAAAGAUGUUGGUGGGACCCUUCCUCAACCGAUUUUAUUAUGUCUUGAAGUUCUUGAUGUUCUUCUUACGUCAAACGAUCCAAUAGUUUCGAGCAUGAUUAUUGCUGAUAAAAAAAUAAGUGAUUUUGGUAAAAGAAACAUUAUUGAUAUGAUAUUUAAAGUUAUAGGAAUUAGAGACCAGAAGUCAAUCUCAAUGGAUUCUACACUUACACAACUAGGCAUAGAUUCAUUAACAGGAGUGGAAAUACAACAAAAAAUUGAACAUGAAUUUGAUUUAUCUUUGACAUCACAGGAAUUACGUUCUCUUACUCUUAGUCAGCUUGAAAAACGAGUUUUAUCAAAGGAUUCAAAAAAUGCAGCACUAAGUCAAACCGAAAGUGACAUCUCUGCAGCUGAGAAAAUUGAAUGGAUGCGAUUUUUAAUGGAAGGUGUUAUUGAUCCAAAUACAAAUGAUGUUGUUUCAUUUGAAAAUGUCAUUAAAGUAAACGAUGCACAAUGUUCAGACACUAAAAUUUUAAUACUUCCUGGAUUUUAUGGAUGGGCUUCAAAAGUUUACCGAAAUAUUGGAGAAGAGAUGGAAUUUCCAGCAUAUGUUUUACAAUACAUGAAUACUAAUGAGAGUAAGAAUGUUGAAGAAAUUAUGAAUGAAAUAACUCCAUCUGUUUCCGAAUUAUUUUCUGAUGUCGACAAAUUUAUUCUUAUUGGUCACUCGUUUGGUGCUAGUCUUGCAUUAAAAUUAGCAAAAAAUUUAGAAAAUUUGGGAAAAUCAGGCAAGAUUAUACAAGUUGAUGGCUCACCAAUGUAUUCAAAUAAAUUUGCACAACAAACAUUAAAUGAAGACAACAUUGACAAUAAUGAAAAUUAUAUAUCUAUGCUCCUCUUUAAGUUUUAUCAGAAUUAUGUUGAUUUGAAUGUUUACAAAGCAGCAUUUGAAAAAAGUUCAAAUUGGACAGAUCGAUUCAAGGAAAUGACUUUACGUGCUGGUGAUUCAAUUACAUUAUCACAUGAAUACAUGAUGACAAAUGUUUCGUCCGCAUAUAUAAAUCGAUUAAAUAUUGCGCUUCAUCUCAAAGCAGAAGAAUUUUCAGUACUGGACACAACAAGAAUUUCUUUAAUAAAAGCUGCCAAAUCUUCAAUUAAAGAACUUCCUAAUGAUUAUGGAUUAUCAAAGUAUUCAACUCAAGAUGUGAUUGUAAAGAGUGUGACCGGUGAUCAUGUUACAAUGCUUCAAAAUUCAGAACUACUGCUCGUCAUUAAGGAAAUAAUAUCGGAUUGAAUACAUUCAAGGUUUAUUGCAUAUUGAAUGAUUUUUGGCUAAUUAAGUAGAAUAUUCUUAUUAAAAUCAUUAUUUUUAUAUGAAAAUGAAUUGAUUCAAUUUCGUCUAUACUUCAAGGCCAAUUUAUUAACAUUUUGUUGGACUUUUGUGCUGGUUAAAAGUAGUUUUGAUGCAAUAGUUAAAUGUAACUGUGUAAUUUAAUUAUAUGAAUCAUGAAUAAUGUUUGUUUUUGGGGCUCAAAUAAUACAACACUAAACAUGUAGUAACAAAAAAAAAAUUUGACCCCCACUAAAAAAAAUUCUGGUUAAGCCCCUGUUUGUUUACAUUAAUUUCAAGAUUAACAAAUUAAAGAAAAAAACGAAUGUACAGUUAAAUUUAAUUAAGACUGACUUUUUGUUCAGUCUUGUUAAGAAUGUGCUUAAUAACCACAAUGCAAAAAAAAUAAGACACACUUAAUCUGUUUAUUGUUUUUGUUUGCCCCACCUAGAGCAUCUAAAGAGACAAUAAUAAAAUAACCAUUCUGCAUCUUUGUUACGCGCACUUUACGAUGUUCAAGCAAGGCAAUAACAUCAUUUAAUUUAUUUUAAAAAUUUGGAAAAGAAGUGAUUUUAAUAAAAAUAAACAUUUAAAGGAAAAAAAUAUUUUUUAAACAGUAAAAAUUAAAUUCUGAAUUUCAAAAAUUUUCUUG